CAGCACGGGAUACAGAGCUCGUAUUGGUGCCAGAGCCCCUAUCGGCGUCAGAGCUCACUCUGCUGCCAGUAUUUACUCCUACUCCAGAGGCCCCCUCCGCGACAGAAGAGUUUUCUUCGAUGCCAGAACCCACUCAAUUGAAUCCCACGGUCGCGUCAGAGUGUGCACCUGAACCCUCACCGAUUUCAGAGCUAAAAGCCGUGCCCACACCACGCAACGAAGUUGCUACGCACGCUAUGAACGAUGUGAGGGCACUCGACGAAGCCGCUGCCACCGCUGACGCCAAGCUGCACGAGAACGAAAAAUCUGUCGAGGAGAAGACGACCGACCGUGCCGAUGCCAAGACCGACGCAACAAACAGCGACACUAAAGCUGACGCGAAGGCAAAGCACGAACGAUCUCCAGCACCCGCCGCCAAAGAUACAGUCGACAACCACUCGAAUCGAACCGCCGAGCUCGUCGCUGACGCCAAGGCAUCGGCCGACCUUCCAGACGCUGACGAGAAGCCAUCGUCCUCCAGCCAUCCAGUGCCAGAGACUGACGCCAAGGCAGCCAGCGCGACCAAGACCGACGACGAGCGCGAUGCAAAGACGACCAAAUUGCGACCUCGGGCAGCAUCUGCGGCCGAGACGUACUCGGUAGCAAACUUGUACCCUGUCAAGUGGGACGACCCGACAGCCGCUGCUGUUCCAUCACUGCGUCGCACGAGCACCAAACCGACCGCGACAGGGCUUUCUGCGACAGUGCCAGUGGUCAAGAAACGAAGCACGUCGGCCAACGCGGCGAGCAGUACUCUAGUUCAGCUGCGCCAGUCGCAGCUGCAGCACGCAACCGAAGUCGCGCGUCUCAAGACACUGCUCGACUGCGUGACGCAGGAGCGAGACGUGGCACUCGCACGUGCCCAGCGGACACACGAGACGCUCCAAGCCAAGACGGACGGCCAGGAACAGCUGCACCUCCAGGCGGCGACCGCGAUCGCGGAGCGCGACGCUUUGCAAGCCCACUGCAAGACGCUGCAGGAGGCGAUCCGGAAAGAGCAAGUGGCGGCCGAAGACGCGAGGAAGCGCACGGCUACGUACCAAACCGACAUCCAUCAGCUCAAGGCCAAGUGGAGUGUGUGCCAGGGUCAGAUUGCGGCGCUCGAGUCGGAGAAGACUGCGCUCGCAGCUGCCGCCGAGACGUCCAAGCACGAGGUGUACCGCGUGCAAGCCGCCCACGAGAAAGCGAUGGCGCGCAUCGCCAAGCUCCAAAAAGACAUCUCGCUCGCGAGCACAGCCCACGCAUCCGAGCGCGCGAGUUGGAAGCGCAAGAUCGAGACGCUGAGCGCCGACGCCAAAGCCACCGCGGUGCGGCUUCAGCACGAAGCGACCAGCGACAUGCAGCUCAAGCUCCAGAGCGCGACGAUGGUUGGCGAGAAGGCGCGGCGGGAGAAAGACGAGGCGACCGAGACUCUGCGACGACGCACGCAACUGCUCGAGUCCAAGCUCGAGACGGCGACGGAUCGAAUUCGGGUACUUGAAGCGCAGCUCAAGGUCGCCGCGAUGGCCACCAAGAAGCACACGGCGGCACUGGACCUACAGAGCGCCAACAAGCGCCUCGAGACAGAGCUCCAUCAGCUCCGACGCUGUGUAGCGCUCCAGCAGAAAAAGGCGCCGCUUCGCGCAACAGCGCCAGCGGCACCACCCCGACGCGACCUCGUCACGAUGUUGCCACCGGCGCCAAGUCGCGUCAUGACGGUUGACACGGCCGUGCAAGCAGUGAUCGAUGAGGCGUCGGAAUCGGAGAGCGCACGGGUAGCGGAUCUCGAAGCGGCGCUCGCAAGACUCGAGGGCGUCGUCGCGGGCAAGACGGAACAGCUCACGUCCCUACGCGAGCUGCACGCGCAGGAGCUGCAGGUGCAAGCCAGGGCCUUCCUCGCGCGACUAGGGUCCACGAGCUAACACGCAG